UGAAGAGCGCCAGCAACUGGUGCUCCGACUUAUUUGUUACAGUUUAUCUCGUGAUAAAGGAAGAUUUACUUGAACUUUUCGUCAGUCGCUCUUCUGCAUCGCUGAUUAAUCAUUUAUAAUGGCAAGCACGGUUGAAUUCAAAGUCGCUGACCUCUCACUGGCUGAAUGGGGUAGAAAGGAAAUCACGUUAGCUGAAAAUGAAAUGCCUGGUCUCAUCGCUAUUCGCAAGAAGUAUGGGCCUUUAAAGGUACUAAAAGGAGCACGUAUCGCUGGUUGUCUUCACAUGACAGUGCAAACGGCUGUAUUGAUUGAGACUCUUGUUGAGCUUGGAGCCGAGGUACGAUGGUCCUCGUGCAACAUCUUUAGUACGCAAGAUCAUGCGGCAGCAGCCAUUGCAAAAAAGGGAAUACCAGUAUUUGCUUGGAAAGGAGAAACCGAUGAUGAAUACAUGUGGUGCAUCGAGCAAACUUUGAUCUUUGGCAAUGGAAAACCAUUGAAUUUAAUAUUGGAUGAUGGUGGAGACUUAACAAAUCUAGUGCACACCAAGUUUCCACAGUAUCUUGAAGACUGUCGUGGCAUAUCCGAGGAAACUACAACUGGUGUGCAUAAUCUCUAUAGAAUGUUGCGAGCGGGAACUCUUAAAAUUCCAGCCAUAAAUGUCAAUGACUCUGUUACUAAGAGCAAAUUUGAUAACUUGUAUGGAUGCAGGGAGUCUUUAAUCGAUGGUAUCAAAAGGGCAACAGAUAUCAUGAUUGCUGGAAAAGUUUGCGUAGUUGCUGGUUAUGGAGAUGUGGGUAAAGGAUGUGCUCAGAGCCUACGAGCUUUGGGUGGUCGUGUCAUCAUCACAGAAAUUGAUCCAAUUAAUGCUCUACAAGCUGCCAUGGAAGGAUAUGAGGUGACUACAAUGGAAGAAUCUUCUGAGAAGGGUCAGAUUUAUGUUACUACUACUGGCUGCAAAGAUAUAAUCACUGGCAAUCAUUUCAUGAACAUGCCUAAUGAUGCAAUUGUAUGCAAUAUUGGGCAUUUUGACUGUGAGAUCCAAGUACCAUGGUUGGAGAAGAAUUGCGUGGAGAAAGUAAACAUCAAGCCACAGGUGGAUCGCUAUCUGUUAAAGAAUGGCAGGCAUAUCAUUCUUCUUGCUGAAGGACGACUGGUUAAUUUAGGAUGCGCUACUGGACAUUCCAGCUUCGUCAUGAGUAACUCUUUUACGAAUCAAGUGUUAGCACAAAUUGAAUUGUGGACGAAGACUGAUUCGUAUUCCAUAGGUGUGCAUAUGCUUCCCAAGAAGUUGGAUGAAGAAGUGGCUGCUCUUCAUCUAAGUCAUCUUGGUGUUAAGUUAACUACACUUACACCAGAACAGUCAAAAUACCUCGAUGUGCCAGUGCAAGGUCCAUACAAAUCUGACCACUAUCGAUAUUAAUUCGAUUACUGAAUGAAUUGUACAUGUUAUGAAUUUUGUACAUUCCCUAUGUUUGUCCUAACUGCAUGUACAGAGUUUGGGGAAGAACAAUGUAUCAACCGAUGAAGAUAUAUCAGUACUGAGUAGAAUAAAAUAGAAAAUAUACAUGAA